AUGUGUGCUUUCAAUCGAUCCGCAUCAGCCUGUCAGUCCAAUCACUCGAGCGACUCUGAAGUUCCCAAAGUCUUGAGCGGGCGUGGUAAAAGCUAUUGCCUAAUUCAUCGCCGUUAUUUUGAGACAAGUUGGUGUCCCGAAUGUGGUCGAAGUAAGUACUCUCUUUACCUUGCACCAUUUAUCGUCCUUCUGCUUUGCUAA